GUAUAAAAAUCCCUAAUCUCAUGAUUUGCCAGAGGCAGGGGUGGACAGUAAACGAUCGAAGCUUGAGGCAUGGUAGAUGUCAUCGAGGUUGAGGAUAAUUUCCAUUCCCUCAAACUGUGCAAAAGACAAAGGUAAAACUAUCUUCUAAAAGCACAUGUGCACUUAUGGUUUUGGGAGCAAAGGAGCAACAAGAAAUGAACAAAUGAACCCAGCAACCUAUAACAGGAGAUGAUCGGUAUGGAUGAAUGUAUUCAUGUCUUACGAGUGUAGGGAGAUGUUGUAUUUAUAGGCAGAAUAUGCUAAAUGUUGGAGAUGAAAUCGGAAAGAGUAGAAGACUGAUUCGAACAGGAGGGUAAAGGGAAUAGCCUGAUAGGAUAAGAACUGCGGACUAGUUCUUUUUUCAAGAUUGUUGACCGAUUCAAAUCUCCAGGUUAAGAUAAAUUAUGCAAAGGAAAAAAUUGCAAAAAAGGGUUGCAGUGUGUGGAGGGUGACAAAUUCUCGAUUUUGUUUUCGAUUGGUCCAAUUUAUGGCAUGAGGUCAAGUUCUUUCAUAGCUUUCAUAUAUCCAUAAAGACACAAUAAACAUAAAAAUAAAUAAAUACUUGUAACCAAGCAAUAUAGGAUUGAAAAUAUUAAAGCACCAAUUGAAAUAUUACCUAGUUUACAACAAUAACUGCACAUAGAAGAUGAUGAGCGUCGAAGAACAUGUUCAAGAAAAUAAUUAGCAUGUUAUAUAGCUAUAUAUAUAAAUGUUACAUAAAUGGCGCAGCAGCGCCUGUAGCUCAGUGGAUAGAGCGUCUGUUUCCUAAGCAGAAAGUCGUAGGUUCGACCCCUACCUGGCGCGUCUUUGCAUUUUGCUCGUCGAACUGCUUUUCAUCCCCAUUUUCAUGAAUCAACCGAAGCCCUUCCCCCUUGCAUGAUCGAACCACCUUCCAAUCUCUUUCAAACCUAUAUAUAUAUAUAUAUAUAUGUCACCAUCAAUCACCAAACCAGUCCAAAUCCUAGCAAAAGCUCAAUCCUUUCAAACCAUCUUCUCCCACCCAAAAAUGUCCAUUGUUGCAGAAGCUCCGGGCUACCUCCAAGUCUUCUCCGACGGCUCGGUGAAGCGAUUCGCCCCUGAAACAGUCGCCGCCUCGGCCGACCCAUCCAAAGAAUUCAACUCCAAAGACAUCGUCGUCGACCCAUCAAAGCCCGUAACCGCCAGAAUCUUCAUUCCAACUGCCCCAACUUCACCUAAUUCUCAGCUCCCCGUCAUCGUCUACUUCCACGGCGGCGGCUUCUGCAUCGGCUCCACCACCUGGCAGGGGUACCACCUAUUCCUCGGCGGCCUCUCCGUCGUUUCCCAAUCCGUCGUCUUCUCCUUCGACUACCGCUUGGCUCCCGAGCACCCGCUUCCAGCCGCUUACGACGACUGCUACGACUCACUCGAGUGGCUGAGUCGAGCUGCGGAUUCAGAGCCAUGGCUCCAACGUGCCGAUCUGUCUCGGGUUUUUCUCUCCGGAGAGAGCGCCGGCGGCAACAUUGCCCACCAGGUUGUUGUUCGAGCAAUUCGGAAUGAAGCUUGCGGCGUCGGAAUCAAAGGGCUGCUGUCGAUUCACCCUUUCUUUGGAAGCGAAGAGAGGACCGAACGAGAGAUGGAUAAAGAAUCAACCAAUGAAGUGGAAAUGAACGACAUGUUCUGGGGACUGAGCCUGCCGGAGGGAUCGAGCCGGGACUACUACGGCUGCAACUUCGAGGCGGAGACGGCGGCGGGGCUGGGCUGCGACGAGUGGCGACGGUUUCCGGCGACAGCAGUUUACGUCGCCGGCAAGGAUUUUUUGAAGGAACGGGGGGUUAUGUACGCAGAGUUUCUAAGGAGGAAGGGCGUGAGGGUUGUGAGAUUGGUUGAAGCUGAGGGAGAGUCGCAUGUUUAUCAUCUGUUUGGUCCUGAAUCCGAGGCCACUGGUUUGCUCCUGAAGCAGAUGACAGCCUUCGUCCAUGGCUGUUGACCAUUCAUGUUGCCAUUUGUAGCCUUGAUAAGAUGAGGUUUAAUAACAUAAUAAAUGAAUA